GCCACCUCCAUGAAUGUUUUGCUAUGGUUUCGGGGCUAAUAUUGUUUUCUUUAUUCGUGUCGCCGUUCCGCUGCGAAUGGCCAUAAGAGUGGCAAGUUGACUGGAAUUUUGAUGAAUUGGUGGUGAAUGCUGCCCAUCUACAUUCGACGACGGCAACCUGCGGCUGCUGAUCAAAUUGACGGCAACACAAUGGCAAAAGUCUUGCAGCGUGUUGAAAUUACGCUGCGUAGUUUCUAUAUAUUCAAUUCCAGCUUUUGUCAAAAAGAGGGCGAGGAAGAGAAAAAAGUGCUGUUCUAUCACCCUGUUGACAUUGAGUUAAAUACAAAAAUCAGGGAUGUGGGACUCAGCGAAGCCAUCAUAACAUUUACAGGCACAUUCACCAACGAAGAUGAUUGCAAAGCCUUGCACACACAAAAGACGACACAACUGUUUCAUCAACCAGAGCCCGGCUACUGGCUGGUCAUGGUGCUCAAUGUUCCCAAGGAGUUCCGCCUGAAAGAUGGCAUCGAAGUCGCGGAUUAUCGUGGCGUCGAAGUUUCCGAUCGCAUUUACCAUGCUGUGUUGCGGCAAUGCUACCACAUGUAUCGCUUCCAUUAUGGUCUGCUGCAGACCAAGCUCACAGCCAGCCCGUCAACUGCAGCUAGUGAGGAACAACGUCAGCUUUUGGCCGCUGAGCUGCAGCAGUUCUAUGCGCGUUAUUUGAGCAGCUCCAAGGAGCUGAAGCAAUGUGACAUCAUGGACAUGCUGCACUCCAUUCAGUACCUGGCUUUGGACAAGACGCUCUUCCUGCGUGCCCACAACUUUAACAUGCUGUGCGACACUUUUCCCGUCAUCAAGGAGUGCAUUAUGCUGUAUAACGAGCAGGUCGUUUGUGGUGGCAAAUUGAAUGCCAGUGAUUUGUAUAGUUUGCACUCCCACAUCCUGGCAAUGUCGUCGGCCGAUAACAGCAAUGCGGAGAAGUAUCGUCAAGGUGCAUUUGUAAGUGGUGAGGAGGAAACGCCCAUUAAAGUCUAUCUGGAUGUGGACGGCAAUAUUGAAUCGCAUUAUUUGCUCGUCUAUCGCGCUUUAAGUCUAACUCUAUGUCUGUUUGUCGAUGGUAAUUCUAAAUUGGCGGCGCCGCAACCGGAAUUCUAUGAGGAACUGAAUAACUAUUUGGGACCACAGCUGAGUUGUUUAUCGCGCGACAUUUCCACUGAAAUUUCCAAGCAGAACGUGUCCACAACGUUGCAUGACAACAACUCCAACGACAGCGCUCCCAAAUAUCUCUUUAUCAACGAACAAAGCUUAAAGCAUCAUACAAACAUCUAUCGCAAUGCCAAAUCGAUACCGCGUAAUGUGAUGAGCAUUAUUGCUGACUUGGCUAACCCCAUAAAUGAUACGAAUGCAGCAGGUAAUGCUGCUGCCACGGAGGAGUUGCAGGUGAAGACAACGAAUGAUUAUUGGAUUGUGAAGCGUCGUUGCAAUUGGCGGCAAUAUUAUGUGAUUCUAUGCAAGAGUAAGGCGACAUUGUUAGAUGUGACGCAGGAAGCGAAGCGUAUAUUUGAACAAGAGCUCACAGAUGAUGUAUUUUUUGACAAAUAAACAGCAGUAUCAAAUAAAUAAA